AAGAUGCGCAAGGUGCAGUUCGUCAGCGCGACCGAGGACGCGGACGACUGCCCCGCCCCGGACGGCCUCCCGGAGGUGGCGCUCAUCGGCCGAAGCAACGUCGGGAAGUCGAGCCUGCUGAACCUCCUCACCGAGGGCGCGUCCGGGGCGUUGGUCUCGUCCAAGCCCGGGACGACGCAGCGGAUCAAUCACUAUCUCGUGAACCACAAGUGGUGGAUCGUGGACUUGCCCGGGUACGGGUACGCGGAAGCGACGGAGGACGAGACCGCGAAGUGGGAGGCGUUCACGAAGGAUUACUUCGUCACGCGCUCGAACCUCGCGGGCGUGCUGUUGCUCAUAGACGCGUCCGUGCCGCCGCAGGCGAAGGACGCGGAGUACGCGGACUGGCUGAUAGAGAACAACGUCCCGUUCACGAUCGUUUUCACGAAGUGCGACAGGGACAAGCCCGGGAUGCCGAGCGUGGAGGAGAACAAAGCGGAAUUCGAGGCGAGGCUCGAGGAGCGGUGGCACCGCUCGCCGUCGAUGAUUCCGACGUCGAGCGUGAACGCGGACGGGCGCGAGGACGUUUUGAAGUUCAUAUCGUCCAUA